AUGCCUGACAAGGACGCCGGAACCCCCGUGUCUUCAUCUACCGACACGAGCGGCCAGUACACCGGUAAAACCGAAUUGGACCUCACAGAAAAUGGCCAGAACCAGGUCCGCGCCUCCGGCAAGAUCAUUGUCGGAGCCGGCAAGCUGAUUGACCCUGCACACCUGGCCCAUGUGUACAUUAGUCCGCGCAAGCGCGCGAUGCAGACUUUCCAGAUUGCCUUCUCCGAGGCGGAUCAGCAGACACUGAAGGAUGCGGGGAAGAUUAGUGAGACGGAGAGGCUGGCUGAGUGGGAUUAUGGUCAGUAUGAGGGUUUGUUGACGAAGGAGAUUCGGGCUUUGCGGAAGGAGCAUGGUUUGGAUACUGAGCAGCCGUGGGAUAUUUGGCGUGAUGGAUGUGAGGGUGGAGAAUCUGCCCAAGAGGUCACCGACCGCAUUGAUAAUCUCAUUGCAGAGAUCCGUGACAUUCACCGUGGUAACAUGCACGGCGAGAAGCAUUGUGAUGUUGUACUCGUUGCUCAUGGCCAUCUCCUUCGUGCUUUCACCAAGCGCUGGCUUGGAUAUCCCAUGGAGUUCCCUCUUUCCUUGAUGCUUGACCCCGGUGCGGUUGGUGUUCUGAGCUACCAACAUCACAACAUUGAUGAGCCUGCUAUGUUGGUUGGAUAUGGUUUCCCAUUGGAGGAGUGA